AUGUGUAUUAAACAAGGACGUAAAGGGUCUCAAGUUUGGGAUCAUUUUGUUAAAGAAUCAAUAGUUUUGAAAGCACAUUUGACUUUACAUUGUACUGAAAUACCACAAAAUGUAAAACUUGAAUUUAUGACAAUUUUAACAACAGUAAAUAUGGUUCCAAAAGAUUCUAACAAAAGACCAAUAACAAACUUUUAUGAUUCAACUAAUGAAAUUGAGAAGGCCUUUGUUAUGGUUAUAAACCACCCAAAAGAGCAUCUCUUUCAAACUAUUUUGGAUAAAGAAAGUGCAGCAGUUUUAAAAAAAAUAAAUGAUGAACUGAAACAUAAAGAUAAUUUGACAUUAGCAAAAGGAAUACAGGAUAAAGCAUUUCGUAAAAUGUGUUUAACAGCAAUGAAAAUUUUGUUAAAUUAUGAAUUAGCAUUAAAAUUAUUUGCAAUAACACCACAUCAAGCUACAUGUGAAAGAGUUUUUUCUAUACUUAAUUGGAUGAUAGGUAAAAGAAGAACUGGAAAGACUUCAAUUAAUGGCUCAAAUGAUUCAUAUUUUAUUACAAAUGUUAAGUCAGAAUUAAAAUUUUCCAUUAGUAAUUUGGAUAUAACGAAAAAUCUCAAUGAAUUGCUUAUAACAAAAGAAGUAGAUUUAGAUAUUCCUGAAUUUGAUGAAAAUAAUGAAAAUAUAAAUUCAGAUAUUGAAGUUGAAGAGCAAUAUACAAAUAAUAGUACAGUUCAUGAAGAAUCAGAAAUUGAUUUUGAAUCAUUACUUGAUGAAAAUACUUUUUUUAAAUUUAAUUAA